GUAAAAUGUAAGAUGCCAGGCAUGCAACACAAAUGAUAAAGAGGUAAAAUACAAGAAGGAUGCAAAAACUGACAGUCAUGUAUCAUUUUUUAUCUUGAAGUUAACUGGAUACCACCUGAUGUUUCUUGAAAGAAUGUUUUAAGCAGGCAGUUUUUCAACAUCAUUGUAAAAGUUCAUAUUUGAAAAUUAAUAUGGCUUAGCAAGAAAUUUCCAAAGUGAUGUCUCUAACAUGGUUUCUUGAAAACAGACUUUUCUGCUGCUGUGGUAUAAAUGGAUGAAAAACAAAUCAGUGAGCUUCUGGAGUGUUCAGUAUGUCUUGAGCGCCUUGAUCAAGGCUGUAAAGUGUUACCAUGUCAACACACAUUCUGCAGGCAGUGCUUGGAUGAGAUAGUGCUCACACAGAAGGAGCUAAGAUGCCCGGAGUGCAGGGCUUUGGUUACUGUUCGUGUGUCUGAUUUGCCAACAAAUAUUCUUGUCGUGAGAAUAUUAGAAGGUCUGAAGUCAAAAGGCCAGAGACCACCAGCAAGCAAUAGGCAACUAUUAAGUACUCUUGGUUCUAGUCCUGCUAAAGUAUCCAGUCCUCUACAUAGACAUGAUGUUGCUGCACAGCUUUUAAGACAGGGUUCACAACCAUGUGCUGAAGCUCUCUACAAAUACGAGCCAACUGAAAAAGAUGAUCUUCCUUUAGAAAAAGGAGACAUAGUUAUUCUUCGGCGCCAAAUAGAUGAAAAUUGGUAUCAAGGAGAGCUUCUGUCUGGUCGCAUUGGUUUUUUCCCUGCUAACUUUGUUCAGAUUUUAGUUCCACUACCUCAUCAAAUACCACAAUGCCGUGCGCUGUAUGACUUUGAAUUAAAAGAUGAAGCUGAAAAAGAUUGUUUAUCGUUUAAAAAGGACGAAAUGUUGACAGUGAUUAGAAGAGUGGAUGAAAAUUGGCUUGAAGGGCGUAAAGGGGACAAAAUUGGCAUUUUUCCAAUAUCUUUUGUUGAGUUAAAUGAUGCAGCUCGGACCCUUAUUCUGUCUAAGUCUAAUGCUGCCCAGCCAUCAUUGCCAGUGUCCAGUAGAAGUGUCACGAAGACACCACACUCAAGUGCUGUAUCUAGUACGUCAACCCCGGCUCCUGAUGAAAACUCACUGCCAGUUUCAUCUGAUGCUCCAGUGGUAUCCAGCAGUAGCCCAGAGACCCAGCCCACUUCCUCACCAACAUCUGUACCACUAGGGUCAUCUCCGACACAUGAAGUCCCAGCACAGAACAAGCGCCACUCAUUCACCUCUGUUUCACACUCUUCAUCCCCUGUCACCACAUCAGCCUCUGCUAGCAACCCCCAGCAGCGGCAUUCAGCUGAAGUAAGUUUGUCUGCGUCAGUGAGUCAUGCUCUAGUCAACCUUGACAUCCAGCCAUCCACAACAGUGUCAUCAACAAUAGAUCACCAGUCAGUUACCUCGAGAAAUACAUCAUCCCCAUCCAAUGUAUCAGACCCCACUGUAGAUUCUACUGGUAAUUUACAAUCUGGAUCUCUUACUAUUCCAUUGUAUAUAGCUUUGUACAACUAUAGACCUCAGAAAGAUGAUGAGCUGGAGCUGCAGAAAGGUGACCACUACACUGUGGCAGAGAAGUGCCAAGAUGGUUGGUUCAAAGGGGCCUGUGUUAGGACUGGUCAGUGUGGUGUGUUCCCUGGAAACUAUGUCUCUAUGGUCAGACACACAAGUGCUUUCAAGCCCGUCAGCCCAAAUAUAUUAAACAUUCGAGCUAAAGGCCCUGUAUCAACCUCAAGCAAUGCAAUACACCCAUCCUCUGGAACAGUUGAAACAAAACCUACCGCCUGUGAUCAGACCUCUAGUCAAGUUCAAGCCCCUCCUCUAAUGCCUAGGCUAGCUAGGCUAAAUACUUCAGGACAAAAAACAAAAUCACAAACUCCUCCACUUUCGAGUCCACCAACAAGAUCUCUGUCCAGCCCUGCCACCAACUCCAUAUCAACCUCUCCAAAACAUGUAUUUUCACCAUCAGCAGCUUCCUCCCAUUUUGGAUUGUCUAGGCCAUUAAUUCCAGCCCCUCCACCUUCCAUGAUCUCCUCUCCACAUCACUCAAUGUGGGCACCCCCUGGCUUGACAACACCUCAAGGCACCAGUGUUACGGCACACAGCUUAGACUCUGGUGCUGCUAGUAGUACGACUCCAGCCAAGGAAAAGAAAGAAAAGAAAGAAAAAGAAAAGAAGGGCCUAUCUAAAUUAUUAUCUGGCAAGGGUAAAAAGUCAAAGCUUUCAGUGUCCAUCAAUGAUCCAGUGCCAUCGCCUGGUGUUCCAUGUUCAGACAGUAUUACUCACGUACGUUCUGGUUCCUUUCCUGUUGACAGCUCAAUAGAUUUUCCAAUAGGGUCAAUAACUCACAGGAAGGCAGCCUCCUUUGAUGCCACUACUAUACCUCCAGUACCUGCUAAGCCAAGACCCAAAAUUGUUACAAGAGAAAGGUAUUAUUGUAAGCACCAGUACCCCCCGCAGACAGAUCACGAGUUAGCUUUAGAGGUGGGAGACAUUAUCCACGUUCACCGCAAGCGUGAUGAUGGUUGGUACAAAGGUACCCAGGAGAGGACAGGCAAGACAGGAAUGUUUCCAGCAAGUUUUGUAGAGAAAUGUGAUUGACAGAUCCCGUGUUAAGAGGAAUAUUGCAUGUCAGUUGUGUUAAAAAAAACUGUUUUCCAGAUUUUAUUGAUAUACCCUGAACAAAUUGAGUUUAACCUGCUUAAAAGAAUAUUGUUUUAUGUCAUUUAAAACAUUGGCAUAGGUUCCUUCCCCUGCUCCCUGUCUAGACUAGUUCGGAAUAUAUAUAGUGUUAAAUUGUUAUAUUAUUUAGAUGAUUAACAUUUUCAUGGGAAAAUCUAAUUUUUUUUUAGUUCUGGAUUCAAAAAUAUGUUGAAAACAUGUAACAAAACUCAACAAAGUACUAUUUAGUCAAAAAGUUAUUUUUUUUUCUUGAAAAUAUUAUUGCACAAGAGCUAGGAGCGCUCACUGAACACUAACGCUAAUGAUACACAUAUAAUCUCUGUGUAGGAGAGCCCCAUUUAUCUCAUGUCACUGUUCCAAGAUGGCUUAUUGCUUUCACUUUGUGGAACAGCUUAUUUUUUGUUGUUGAGAUUUUGGUUACAUGAAAAUACUCCUAAUACAGCUAAUAUAUUUUUUUUUUCCUCUAAAUUUUCAAAUCAUACAUAGUUUUAUUUACUCUUUUAUGUAACAAAGUUUCAUUCAUUUGUAAGUAUGCUCAGAUUCUAUUUAGUAAGUAAAAAGCAAUGCAGUAAACCAAAUUAAGGAUGUUGUUAACUAUUUCCUUUUAGUGGCCAGUUUUAUUCCCAAUGAUUAACCAAAACUACUUAUCAGACAAAUCUACAAAUGUUAACAUUCAUUGUUUAAAUCAGUAGAAGAAAGAGAUGUAACAUGAAAGUUUUCAUUAACCCUUGUAACUGCUGACUGCAAUGCUAUUGAUCUUAAUAUUUUUUGGGUGUAAAUAAUAAAAGUGGAAAUGUUUAUUUAAAGCUACCUUUGUCAAAUUUAGGGUAACUUUAUUUUUACUUUAUUAUAGUGUUAAAAUCAAACAACUUUAUUUAAACUUAUUUCUAUAGAGAAGUACUAUACUAUACCUUCUGUUGAUGAGUAAAUAAAAAAAGUUUUUUUUUACUCCUUCAUUCUUUAUUUACCACAUAUAUCAAUUCCUUCAUGACCCUCUUAUAAAUAAACUUACUUCAUACUCUGUUCAAACUGUUGAUUACCUAUGCUGAAAUUCUAUUAUUGUUAGUUACAAAAAUUGUAACUUGGUUACAAUCUAACAAGUUUUUUGUUUUGUAAAACUUAUAUGUAAGUUGGUUAGAAAUUUGAAGGUAAAAAAUAUUUUAAAAUAUAGAUUAUACGAAUGUAAAGUGUUUUAAAUUUUUUUUAAAUGUUAGUCUGUCUACAAACCACCUCAACUAACAAACAUAAAACUACCUAUUUAGAUUUUAUUUUAACGACUAGUGUGUAAUAUCUAGUUUCAUAAUUGAAAGAAAUGGUAAUUUUAAUAUUUGUAUUACAUUUAGUUUUCGGCAAUAAUUUAUAUUUAAGUCUUUCAUUGUUUUUUUUUGGUUAUGUUCCUGCUCAUAUAAUGGGAGAUAGCUCUCCAGUUAAAGUAAUGUUAGGAUUUCAAAAAUUAUAUUAUUGUUGAUGGACUACUGUUAAACUGAAUACUUUCUGAAAAAUGUGUACAAGUUAAGUUUACUGUCAAAUUUUAGGUGAAGCUAACUUUUAAAAUUUUGAAUUAUUUCAGGAUUAAACUUGUUAGAUUAGAUAUUUGAACACAUACGGUUUAAUUACAUGUAAUAUGUCAAAUUGUCUUAAACAUAUGCUUAAAGCUAUUUUAGUAAUUUAGAAGGAGUACUUUUUUUAAUUUGAAAAAAAAUGUGUUCUACUUCUCAUGGUUACAGUUAUAGCCUACAUUAAAUGCAUUUCUAAGUCAGUGUAUCUGGCAUUUAAUGAAAAGUUGCAUUUUACAACUAAGGUCUAUUUAGCAGGGAAGCUAUCCAUGUACUUUUUUUUGUGUAACAGGAUGAUAUUAUCACUUAGCAUUGUUUAGUAUUCCAUUAGCAUUAACUGACUGGAGAUUUUUAAAUGAUGUACAUAAUGUAUAUAAAUUAGCAAAUGAACAAUUGCUCUCUGAGAGAGUAUCAUUUCUCCACGGUCAAGUAAAUUAAUGUUAGUAGUUUAGAGUUCUCCCCCUUACCUAUAGAAUGAAAAAAAAAAUUCUGAUUUUUUUUUGUUUUUGUUUCUGUAUUUUGAUGUCAGUGAAUUUGACAAGUUGCUUGUAGUUUAUUCAACCCAAUGUAAAAACCAACAGGGUAAACACAGCUGUUUUAUUGUACUGUUGUUGUUUGAGAGAUAAUCUUGCCUUACCAUGGCAAACUGGAUAAGUUCAAUGUUCAACUCUUUUGUCUAGGUUGAGCUUUAAUCAGUGAUUGUAUUCCCCCCUUCCAUCAUUAAGCCCUAUUUUAACCUUAACAGCGGAUAUUUUAAUAACAAAUGUACAACAGUAUUGACAGAAAAAAUAUCUCUUCCAUUUAUUUAUCGAGUUGCACCAUCUAUAUCUAUUGUAUAAAAAUAAUGAUUUUUUUCUUUAUAAAGUAUGAAGUAAAAAAAAAAGUUGCUGGUAUAAUGUGAUAUAUGUUAAGUUGAAUUACUAUAAAAUUAUAAGAAGACAAUAUCUACACAAAACAUUGCAAUAAAAACAUUGCAUAUUCUAAGUGGUUUAUUUUUUACUGUAAAUCUCGAUCAGUUGACUGGAUAGUGAACAGAAAAACUAAAGUGUGUGCGGUUGUAUAGUCUUGUUAAAUGUGUACCGGUUGUAGUGUUCAUACUUUACAUGUGUAUAGCUUCUACAAAUUGACAUGUCUAAUUUAUUUCUCACAGCACCUCCCAAUGUUUUCCACACUCACCUGUACAAAUUAUCUUUAUGUUUAUUUAUAACUAAUAUUUGUUGAUAUAGUGUUGGUAUAGAAAAUUGUUCUGAAAUAUUAUUUGUACCUGUUAUUGAAAUUUUUUUUUUUUAGCUUUGGAUGUCUACUAAAUAUGAAAUAUGUGUACAUAUUUUACUUAUGGGGAUCUUGUACUUAAAAAAAGUUUGAAUUUUUUCUAGUUUUAAUAAAAAAACAAAACAAUGUACAAUAGAGAAAUAUUAAAAAUUAAAACAAUCUGUAUUUAGUGUACGCAACAAAUAUGUAUAGAUCUAUAUAAAAAAAUUUAGGAUCUUUUUCUGUACUGUAUAGAAAUAAUGCAUGUACGAGAUCCCCAGAAUUAUGUACAUUGCCAUGUUUAUGUGUAUUCCUAAACUACCUGUUUACUGUAAGCUGUUGGUUCUAUGGAAGAACUUUGUUUUGCUCAUUUGGUAAUGACGACCACUGCUACUGUUAGAUCUGCUUGAUCAAUCUGUAUCAUUAUAUCAAAACAUGUUUAUAUUUAUAAUCAUCACUUUUCACAAGUUUGCAUGGAUUUAAAAAAAAAAAACCCAUUAUCUUUAUUAUUCAACAUUUUUGUCUCAUAUAAAUAAAAAUAAUUAGUUAUUGUUAGAAUGGAAGUUUACAUGCUAAGGACCGAGUUGUAUUAGUGUAUUAUGAAUAGCUAGACUGUAUUUUUGUGUGUUUUUCCCCCACAUGUUCAAGUGUUCAUUUUUAACAUGUGUUAGAGGUAUAGAAGUCCACCACCAUUUUGUUAGUCAUGUUCAUUAUCCAAUCAUUUUGUGCCUCAAGGGUCAUGUGAUGUUUGUUAUAUUUUUUCUUAUUAGUGCUUGAAAUGUUUACCCAUUGAAGGCCAAGUUGAUUAAAAGUUAUACAUAUAAC